CUGGUGAGCACAGUAUGGGUCAUGUUGCAGCGCGGCUCAAGACACACUGCCACUAUGGCCCCCUGCACCUACUGCCUCCUGCUGCUGCUCCUCCCAACCCUCUCAACUUGUUUCAACGUCACUGAGGGAGGAUCCACACAAGGACCCACACACUUUGUAACAGUGAGCGUCGCAUCUCCCAACCAGACCAUAGUAAUGCUGGGCGACACCCUGCAGUUCGACGUGAGCAUUACAAUCCCACCACUCUCCGACACCGACGCCAAGGUAUUGUUAUCGGGGGCUGACAUUGAGACGGGCAACACCAAGUUUACCGUCUGGGAGGAUGGUGUUGUCCUCGACUCCCUCACCCGCGACCUUCAACAAGAGCCUAAAUACUUUGCCUCUGAUACACAGCCAGAAGUGUAUGACAAAGUACAUCUCGACCUGGGUACGUUGACUACCAGCGAAAACGUCACCGGUACACUGACGUUGACGCUGAAGGCGGCUAUGGUACACUACAGCGGGAUAGCCAUCGACGACACAGUGACAGUCUACCUCGGCAUCAAUUACGACAAUGACAGCUUAAUCUACUCUUACAUAUCCUCCUUCACAGUUGACAACACGCCGAAGUCGGCGCCAAACUAUAAUGUGUCAGUGAGUUGUGACCCCAUCACCCUGGAAGUCGACUACUACACCUUAUGCCAGGCCGUUCUCAUGACCUCCCAAGCCUUCGUCGCUGACCUUCAUGUUAAUGUGGAGGUGGAGAACCACGACACCCUUAAACCGUAUAGCUACUGCACAUCCAACAUUAGGGAAGUGAAGCGUACUGGAAGUCACGUGCCCGUACCCCCGGAGUACCAGCGCCACACCUCCUACACCUCUCCCCAUUAUUCUACCUGUAAGGAGACGGCCACACUUUUCCUGGGUCAAGUGGUAAAACUAGCUGGGAUGGGAAGUGUGGUGGUGGAGUUUGCGAUGGCAACCUACCACGACAACACUAGAGCCGGGCAGGACCUGCAGGUGAAUGUGACCGUGGUGGCGGAUGAGCUCAGUGUGGGGGAAAACACUCACAUCCUCCCCAUCAGCGAACUUGUCACUACUCAUAGUGAACUUGAGGCGGGGAUGGUGAGCGUGGAGUUGGUGGUGGUGAACAAUACAGAACUGAUGGAAGUCUCCUCUGGCGGCAUUGUUAACUAUCUCGUCCACGUUAACCUAACCGGCUACCACGGCAAAUACCACCUGUACCUCACCACGGCCGCCACACACCCAGGGUUGACUGUGUGCCGCACCAGCGUGCUGGCUCAGGGGUUCAACGUGCCGCAUGUUCGUAACCCGGAGAUGGUCAACGGGGAACACAUCAACGGCUACAUCAUCAACACGCAACAAGUCCCUGAGCCGGGUGAUUCGUGGGUGACGUACUUGGUGACUGCGUCCUUCGUGGCUGACCCCGGCACCACCGCCAGCAUCAAGUUCUACCUCAAGGAUGGCACCGAUGUCUCCGCCACUGCCUCCGCUCAGAUUAAGGUGCCAUCUAGUGAGAUGGAGGAGCCACCUAUUGUUAGUCACCAACAAGUACAUAAGAGCUGGACCUUGUUGGAGGGAAACCGAGCAGCCGCUUUUACUGUCGCCUUCAGCCUUGCGCCAGACACCAUCUACCCUGAGAUACAGUUGAUAAUAGAGCCUGACCCUAAUGCCCCACCAGUCCCCUUCAGAAUGUGCAAUGUCUUCUUCUCGCAUGUAGGGAAGAACAUGCCCUGUUUGGAUGCAGUGGAGAAUAACAUAAUCGCCGCCUCUGAAGUUACAAGAACAUGGAACACGAGCUAUUUCGAUGAUGGAGUACAAAUUGAUCUGGGGAUAUUGUCGAGCAUUUCUGGGGAGAGUGAGGAGGGGGAGGUAAGGAUCAUGACCAUCAUCGCCCUACCCUGGGGUAUGCCCGGCCUUGACGCCCUCCCUGACACAACCAUCCAACCUGAGAUGAACUACACAGUGGGGAUGAAGGUUGGUGAGACGAUGUUCUGGGGGAAUGCUGCUUAUUUCAAGUUGAGUGCAGCGGUGUUAAGUACACAGAAGCAGCUGGGCACCUCCCCUCUCCACCCUCCACAACUGUACCUCUCCUCCUACCCAAACAACGCCCUUGUCACCAGCAAUCUUCCUUUUAUCGUCGUUGCAACCAUCAGGGUGGGACCAGGCAUGACCCACGACUUCGACCUGGUGGUGCUCCCUCCUUCAGGAGUGCAGCUGUGUCGGCUGAGCCUGAUGGAGCGUGGCCUCUACCUGGGAUGUGUGCGGGGCGGGGACUGGCGACGUGGUGAGAGGUUCGCCUGGGACAACACCACAAGACUCUGUUACCAACACGACCCCAGCGGCAGUGUCAACGCCACUGUCACCUUCCUCGGCCUCACCAAUGUCGGUACACAGCCAAUCAACGUCACAUACAACGACUACAAUGACUUGAUGAUUAAUAUCCCCGUCAUAGCGCUGCCAGACUUCACAGCGGGUGAUCUUAUGGUCAGUAUCCGUAGUAUUGGAGGUGACGAAAGCACAGAGUUGGCCAACUCCACCCUCACACUGGACGCCUCCGCCCCUCCAACGGACCUUCCCAUCCCCACCAACAACACCAUUACCUUUACAGACACACCAACUGAGUUUGUGCCACAAGUGGUAGGAACGUUGGAAGUGGAGGUGGAGGUGUGGGAGGGCACGUCACACCUCCUUGCUGUCAUUGUGACGGCACCAGCAGCUGACGUCACCUUGUGCUCGGCUCAAGUCACUUUCGUUGGGGAGAUGAUGCCGUGCGUCAACGGCUCCCUCGCUAACACCACAUACACCAGCGAGGGCAUAACGGUGGAGAUAGGACGGUGUGUUACAUCAAGCUACAAACGUUGGACUUCUCGGACACUAACAGGCCACCUCCUCCAGGUAUGUCACAAAUACAUUAUUCUUUCUCUCUUAUUACGAAUGACUUCUCAUGUUUACAAAAAAAAAUGA